UAUGGAUGUGUUUUGGCACGUUGAAAGGACUUUGAUGGACUUCCUGUGAAUAUGGGAAUAUUGGGUACUUGUAUUUCCGCAAUGAAACAUUGGUUGCUGGUGGGUAAAAGUGCUUUAUCAUCGAUCCCGUGACGUGUGAUUUUCUACAUCACUGAGCCCCUCAGUCGUGUGAAACCGAAAUUUGUUCUGGAACAUUGACGCGGAUGGUCAGAACGAAAAGCUGAAUUAUUAGGUUAAGUCAUCCCAUUUCAUCACACCGAAAGUAGAAUAGUUUAGUAGCUAAUUACUUGAGAAGUAAAUAAUCUGCAGCAGUACAACGGGAGCUCAGAACAGCGUUUGUUAAUCAUUGAGACUGCACAUGGCGGAAACUAAUGUUUUAACGACUAAAACAGGAAAAAAUGGAGACGAAAAGGUCCUACAACGAUUCAGUCAAACGGCUGAAUACUGCCUCAAGAAUCGAGGCGAAGGGAAAGUUCUUUUCAACUCAGGAGUGAAGAACAAUUUCCAAUGGAGGCCAAUUUGCUUCGCAAGCCAAAAUUUCCGUGCUUAUUACGCUUUGGAAAUGUUUGGCGUGAGGUCUGAACUCGUUUGCAAUGCAUUCAAGACGGUAGUCGAGAAGGAAAUCGUUUCUUUAGAUGUCUUUCGUGAYAUUACUAAAGUAAUCAGCAUAGGCUGUGGUCCUGGWGCAGAGAUGUGGGGGUUCAAGAUAUUUUGCGACGAAAUGCUGCCUUUCAGCAGCAACUGUAGUAAUAUAACCCGUCAGCCACCGAGAUUUGUUGGUUUCGACWGUGAGCUCGGAUGGAUGCCCUUUGUAGAAGCACUGGAGUUCGAGUUCGUCAACAAAGAAAUCACACUAGAAAGUCUACGAGAAAUGAUGCCCACGGAUGUAAUUAUMUUGUCAUACUUUGCCAAAUYCGCGCGCGUUAAUUUAAACAAUGAGAAAUCCACWGAGUUCUGGGAAGAAUUAGAAAAGAAAGGCAACUUUAUCAUUGUUUUAGAUUCACCAGACGAAACGCUUCGCUUCCUUCUCAAAUCCCGAGGCUAUAGCGUGUUUACUUUGAGCGACAAACAUGGACAGGACUGCCAAGUACACUGUCUUCAGCAAACAGAUUACGCGGUAUUACGACGAAGYCAACACACUAAAAUAUCGCGAAAGUGAUUUUGACUUUGAGUAGCUGGAAACGAAUAUGAAAUAUCUUGGUUGAAGACCAUAGUGUCAAAACAUUUCAAAAGUUUUACAAAACAUGACCUCAAUGGCAUUUUUUUUCUUUUAUGGCACAGAAAAUAAUUCUACUGUUAGGCGAUGUUUUUUUUAAAAGUGGAUAACACCAGGAAAAACAAUCAAGUAAUGAAAAUUAAUCUUUCUCCAUAUCAUGGGGGAAUGACAUUGAGUUUGCAUGAUCACGUGAAAUAUGAAUUACAUAAAAAGACAAAAUCUGAAGCGUUUUGUUUGGCAUCAACCUGAUGGAAAUUAAGUCGAUUUACACCAUUUCUAAUGAAAUACAUUUAAGUGUUUUUGGACAAUUUCCUUUCUUUCAAGAUUGACUCCAUAUUCCUGUGGAAAUUCUAUCUUUGAACAAACUAAGCCAUUAAAUAAACAAAUGAACAGCAAAUUAUGAGCCUGACAAUUGUAAAAUCCAUAUCUGUACCAGGAGGUCUGGAGACAGGUUAUCUAAUUAUUACAAUGGAUCAAACCUGUGUGUCACAACAGAAGAUUGYAAGGAUGAUCUGUCCCCAGAUCUCCCCCUAUGAGGAUCUUAUAGUAUCAUUAUUUUGCAUUAUACCAUUCUCAUACCCACUGCCUCACUCACUGACUCUGGGUAGCCCCUGUUAACCAUUUGACUACAGUUUCCAUGGCACUUACAGCAGAAACCGUUGCAUCGCGACUUCAAUGUUCAAAAGAAAUCAUUAGAAUUUAGGUUUUUCUGUGACUUGGGAGCGGAGCUUGCUGCAAAUCAGCCAAUGACUGAACGAGUUUAUGAUAAGCUUCGCCUCUUCGAUCGAAGGAAAGAACAAAAUCAAAACAAACUUCGAAACGAAGAAGACGCGAUGCAACGAUUUUCGCUGUAACUAUGCACACUAUUUCCCUACUCUUUGUGAAACAUUUUCAAGCUUUUGAUUUCCCAUAACCUGAGUUGAAAACAUAUUAUGGUAUGUAGUUCACCAGGAUACCUUCCACAAACAAAUGUCUGUAACUGAGAGGUUAGAUUUUCUGAGGAUUUAAAGACUUUUUCUCAGAGCAUACAAAUACAAACUAAAAAUUCGAAGGUUUUUAAGAGUAAAAAUAUUUCAACCACCAAUUUGCAGUGAGGAUGGUCUGGGUAUGAGAAUGGUGUAUAGACGCCUUGCAGUUCAUGGGAAUGCAGCUCCAACUGGAGGACAAAAGAAUGGAUUCUCCAGUUCCCAUGAGGGCAAAAAUCUUUUGUUUUGUCCUCCAGAUGAAACUGCUUUGAUGUCRCAUGCAAAGGUCUAUACUCACAACAACUAAAGGCAGUUUAUCAAAACAAUAAUAUUGAAAAAA